AUGGCCACCUCUGCCGCCGAUGCCGCCGCCGCCGCCGCCACCGUUCCCUCGUAUCCUGCUUGGGUUCUCCUCGAAAAGAAGGGCUACGACGACGAGCUCGACCGCGUCGACUCCGCCAGCGCUACGUCGGAGACAUUCGGCGGUCGCGCCGUCAAGGUGGCCUUCUACCUCGUGCCUCCGCCGGAAGUCUCCUACUUCUGCUUCCACCUCUCCAAGCUCGAGGGCGACGACGACGACUUCGACUUCCAGCCACUGUUUCUCUUUUCAGCUAAGGGUUUCGUCCUCUUUCGUUUGCUCUUCAUCAAUCGAAGCGACAGAAGCAAUCUCGUCGAGUACUUCAUGUACAAGGCAGGGGGCGGCAAACCGUCGCUCGAACCUAUCCCGUCAACUCCUCUAGGUAGCAGUUGCGAUUCGAUAUGCUUGAGCAUCGUUCCCUGCCCCGAUGACGAGGACAACUAUGUCCUUGCCGAUCUCUCUGUGGGUAGGGACCUUGGGCACUACGACCUCCACGUUUACUCGUCUAAGACGCACCAGUGGAGCACCAAGCCGUUGCAGCUGCCGGAAUCUCCUGCCGUCAGGACAAAUGACGACCUGCCUUGUCAAUUCAAUAAGGUGCUCGUGCUUGGAGCAAAUGAGUUUGGCUGGGUAGACCUCUGGCGUGGCAUUGUCACCUGCAAGGUGCUUGAUAAUGACCCAGUUCUCCGACUCAUCCCUCUCCCCAAACCUGAAAUCAACAAUCCCCAUGUAAUUGGAGGAGAUGUGGAGUUUAUCCGGGAUGUCACCUACCGCAAUGGGAUCUUCAAGUUCAUUGAGAUUGAUAAUUUUUGCAUACCAGCUAUUGCUCGUGAUGAGACUUCUAAUAUCAUUUCCAAGACGAUGCAGCAUUUUGACAGCAACGAUAUCAUACAUGAUUCGGAGCUCAUCUAUCCUGUUUUAAAGCAAGCGGAACCUAUUAUUGUCCCUGAUGGUUGGAAGAUCCAGUCAUAUUUUAGGUUUCCUUCACGGGACUAUUGGCUCAGGACCCAUGCUGUUCAUGUUGAUGAAAUCUCCGAGUAUGACCCAAAGUAUUGUAAGGUGUCGCCUCAGUGGCUUGCUUUUGCUGAAAACUCGACAUUGAGGAACCUGAAAACAUAUUGCCCGACCUUUGGCAUUCAUGGUGACAGUGUUGUCUACCUUUUAGCAAAGGUGAAACCUGAAGAUUACAAGACAUGGAUUGUUGGUGUUGACAUUGAAAAGAAGAUGUUGAGACUAAUUCAACCAUAUACUUAUGCGGAAGGUGGCUAUGCUCUACCAACGUUGCUUCCCUCUACAUUCUCCUAUUAUCUGAAUAAUACAACUCCAGGUCUUUUCCCAUCCACAGAGACAAACUACUCUGAGAAUGCCCUCAAUAAUGCAACAAUCCAUGGUGAUACCUCUGUACCUGAUUUGGGUUACGAUCCACUAUCAUGUGCUGGGGAAGCCACAUCUGCACCAAGAACAUUGAAUUUCGAGGAAACCAAUCAGCCACUGAGUUCGAAUGAAUGUGGUAAUAUAGGGCAGACCAUUACACUACAGUCCCUGCAUGCCAUUUUGACCUCAUCAGGAUCAGAAUCAGGCUAUCUUCACCCGAGGAUGAAACUAUCGCUGAAGACUAAAGAAGAUGGGAAAAUAUGGCUCUCCUUGCCGUUGGGUUGCCACUUCUCAAAGCCUUCGGGGCCAGAGCUUAAGCUGUUCAACUCACUGAUAGCACGCCAGUCAACGCUCCCAGCCUCGCUGAAGCACCUGGGUUUGAACAACAUUUCUUGGAGGCCGAACAUCCCCAUCUUUGGUCUGCUGUCGCCUGUAAAUGUCCUUGACUGUGGCCUACGCAAUCUUGCACAGCCCCACCAAUGA